AGCUACUGGGCGUGCUCAGAUCAUUGAGAGAGCGAGGCUUGCUGUUUGAUUUCACCAUUAAAGUCCAAGAACACAGUUUUCCCUGCCACCGCUGUGUUCUUGCUGCAUGCAGUGAUUUCUUCAGGGCUAUGUUUGAGGUGGAUAUGCGAGAGCGUGGUGACGGCUCGGUGACCCUGGGUAAUCAGUGUCCGGUGGUGGUGGGUUCUUUCCUGGACUUUGCCUAUUCAGGAGAGGCACUCAUCACUGAAAGCAACGUAGAAAUGCUUUUUCAGCUUGCCUCCUUUCUGCAGGUAUCAGUCCUGUCCAAAGCGUGCAGUGACUUCCUGAUUGGAACCAUGGAUCUUUGUAACUGUCUGUCCCUCUUGUCCCUCGCUGAGGCCUAUGGCUCGGCCUCCCUCCUCCAAAGUGCCAAUGAGUUUGUGGUUCAGAACUUCUCUGAACUUUCCAAAACCCAGGACUUUCUGGACAUGCAGGUAGAUGUGUUGGAGGCAUGCCUACGGUCAGACACUUUAAACAUGCCCAGUGAGGAGGCUGUGGUGAUGUCACUUCUUAGAUGGAUACAACAUGAUCUAACAGGAAGAAAGAAGCUGUUGCCAGGAUUAUUAUCUCUAACCAGACUUCACCAUCUACCUGCACCUGCACUAAAGACUCUGCAUGAUUCAGACACUCUGCUCUCCGCUGAGGAGUCCUGCCUCACCCUGCUGUCAGAGGCCCAGAACAGACAGGCUCAGUACAAGGGUCUACUCACUGAUGCCAGGCCAGCUACUGUGCAGAGCUACAUCUACAUCCACAAGACGGAGGAGAAUGGAGAGAUCCGCCACACCUUCUGCUACUGUCUGGAAACAGACCAGUGGAAAGAGCUGGAAACAGGGCAUGGGGAGGGGACAACCAGUUUGCCAGACCCACCGGGAUCAUACCUGACCAGCUAUGCUGAGAAGAUGUUUGUCACAGGUGGCUGUCGUGGAAACUGUUGCCGGGCGAUACGUCUCCAUGUAGCAGAACCGUUCCACGAUGCCACCAACGAGGUUUGGUGCUUCUGUCCUGUGACCCUAACCUGCACACCUGCACCAGUUAUGCUGAAGCCCCGCACCAUGCAUACAGCUGUGACUUGCAUGGACCGAGUGUAUGUCAUUGGGGGACGGACCAAGGGAUCCAGAGGGGGAGCUCCCAGUUUGCUGGAGGUGGAAUAUUAUAACCCUCUGACCCAGACCUGGUGCUCAGUCAGCCCACUACCCACUGCCAUCUUCUACCCUGAGGCCAGUGCUUGUGGCAGCAUUAUCUAUACCCUGGGAUCAGAGGUAGAAAUCACAGACUCCUUCAACCCCUCACUGGAUUGCUUCUUCAGCUAUGAUGCCCAACAGGACCAGUGGAGCCGCCUGGUGGCAGAGUUUGGCCAGUUCUUCCAUGCUACACUGGUCAAGGCAGUGUCAAUUCAUAACACGCUGCACCUCUGUGACCUUUCCACUUAUAAGGUCUACAGUUUUUGUCCAGAGACCUGUGUGUGGAAAGGUGAAGGGUCGUUUGAGUGUGCUGGGUUCAAUGCUGGAGCAGUUGGUAUGAUAGACAGAAUCUACAUCCUGGGUGGAGAUUAUUCCCCUGACGAGAUCACUGAUGAAGUUCAGGUGUACUACAGUGGGAGGAGUCAGUGGGAGGAAGUGGCACCCAUGCCCAGAGCGCUCACUGAGUUUCACUGCCAGCUCAUCGGCUUCAACAGAUACAGAGACCCGUGGGGUGACAGAGAAUGA